CGCUCCUGCCGUGGUUGAUGGGAGACAUCCACAUUUGUCCUUCGCUACUUUUUUAAACCAAGGCCGGCGACUAAUCCUUUGAGCGCUUCAUCGUUUUCCCCCCAACGUUGACCUUCACAUUACCGCCUCUAUAUUCAUUUUCCUCUUCGCACUUUCUCCUUCCUCCUAUGUGUGCCCAUUUCCCCUCGUUGCUCUAACGUCAUACUAUGCUGCCCGCAUCGCUCCGCCGCAUUGCCAGAAUGGACCUUUGCAACCGCCACUACUCCUAAACUUGGGCAAAUCGCUAUUGCAUCCCUUGAAUGAAGAAGUUGCGAUACAUCUGGUAGAGUGUUGCGGCCGCUAGAGACCUCCCGGUGUUGUUGAACGGACCGACUUGUACGGACCGAGGGUUAUGCGUUUCAGCUUCAAGCAACCAGAGGCUUGACCGGACUGGCGCUAUUCUAACUAUCUCGUUUGAACCGCUCAAUUUACGAUCCACAGCAAACUCAAAAUGGAGGGCGUCGAGACUGUGGAUGUUAGCUGGCUUCAUCAUUCUCAAAAAGACAAUAACCUCUCCCGUUGUAGGUCCGUCUCAUCCUUGUCAUGCGAUAAACCCGUGAACGAUGUGGAAACGGCAGCGGAACAGCAUCAUAAGAAUGACAAAUCCCGCGACAAAAACUCGCUUCCGUCACCGCAAACCACAUCCGCUCCUCCCGUACCGGUCAAGGUAGAGGCUCAUGGCACUACCUCUCGAUCCGAAAAAGAACAUAGGAACGGCGAUGGUGUGACCGGAGAUGCCACGCCAACACUGGCUCCCAAGAGCGCGCCGAAGCCGAUUAUAGGAAGGCGAGGCUCAUGGAUAUCAAGCAUCAGCUCCAAAUUCUCGUCUGGUUCCACUCCUCCUUCACAAUCUCACGUGAAGCCUCAAGCACCUCCAAAAGCAAGCUCCCCCGCUUCGAAACUUGACAUGCAUAAUCCGUUUGGUGCGGCGUAUUCGCCAAAAGACAAGGAAGACGAGAAAAAGGACGAAAAUACUCCGUUGACUUCCACUUCGCCUCGCGGCCCUUCGUUCUUACAAAGUGCUUUCAGGAAGCUUUCCUCAUCAAAUUCCGGAGGAGGGAAACCAGCACCUUGUAACGGUGUCGUUUGUGAGCGUCGCGUGCUGAACAUCGACCGAGAACGCGAUAGGUGUAAGGUUCCGGAUUUGAACCCAGCAAAGUUACACCGGGUCGCCUUUUGUGUUGAUGUGGAGAUAGCAGGUAUAUCCCGCAAAGACUCUGACGCAGAGAGCCCGCCCACAAGCACCAGCACCAGCACAACACGAAAGAACGUUCCCGAUGUCAAUGGACAUAAGCUGAAGCGAUCUAAUUCAAGGUCUAAAAGCAAAGAUGAGGCUGAGCCGCUGAAACAAGCGCAACAUGCGUCAUCAGAGAAAGACAUUCAAGACGUCCAACCCCAAGGAAAUGGCACGCCGCCGAAGAGUAUCCCUCAAGAGGCAUCGCCGAACAACGAUGCGAGACCCAGUGGGGAUGUCAAAGAACCCACAAGGAAGCAAGAGAAGAAAAAACGUUCGGAAGAAGAGAGACGGGAACGGAAGGAGAGAAAACGGAGAUUAGCAGAGGCAAAUGGUACCAUUCCUCUGCAGCUGACGGCUGACGAUCCCGAGAGCGACCCCAAAGCGGCUGGUACUCGAUCUGUCGCUCAGAGCCAUCCUACCACUGACCCAAUUCGAAUCUAUCGUCGUUGCUGCCAACUGCGUGAAACACCCGUAUUGAAACGCAUAGUUGACGAAAUAUCCUCACCUUCCUCGACGCUGGCAGAAUCUCCUGGAACCGUUGCUGUGCUUGACCUCACUAAUUUUCCCAUGACUUCCGAGGAUAUCGCUACAUUCAGCGACUGGUUGGCCGUCGUACCGGUACGAAAGCUGAUCCUUGAAAAGUGUGCCUUGACCGACGAUUCCGUUCGUUCCAUCCUCUCCGGCUUACUGUCUACGAAAACGGUUGAGCAUAUGAGGCGCAGGCGUGGGAGAACCAAAAAGCCCAACUCUGAGGCACCGGAGAAACCAGAAAGGUUCAGUGUUGUGGAGAGGCUAUCCUUGAAGGAUAAUCCCAAGAUUGGUGUUGAAGGAUGGCGCCAUAUCAGUCUUUUCAUACAUCUCUCCAAGUCGCUUAAAGCCAUUGAUCUCACGGGGAUUCCGCUUCCGAAGACGUCUAUUUCUCUGAAUGAUCCUGGCAGUAUGCCACCCAAGGGUUCCGCUAAUACUGUGGAUGUUGCUACCAUAUUCGCGAAUUCUCUUUCGAAACGUUUCGGAGGUGACCACCUCGAAGAGCUACUACUCAACCAGUGCAAGCCUACGAUGGAGGAUGUGAUGAAGAUUUGCGAAGCUGCCACAGCUGUCGGCUUAAGGAGGCUAGGCCUGGCCAAUAACGAAUUGACUCGAGCGGGCAUGGAACACGUUGUUCAUUAUCUCGAGUCUGGCAAAUGCGAGGGCUUGGAUCUUGGUGGAAACCCCAUUGGAGCCGAUUUGGACUUGAUGACCGAUGCUAUUGAGGGUGACCUUCCGCUCUGCGCACUCAGUCUGGCGGAUUGCUCUCUGACUCCCUCUACCCUAUAUCCACUGCUCCAAGCGUUUACGCGCCUGCCUGACCUUCGCUUUAUCGAUGUCUCGCAUAACCCAGCGUUGUUCUCGACACAACCAGACGCGUUGUCAACCUUUAGGCGUUUCCUUCCGAAACUGCCUUUCCUGAAGCGCAUUCAUCUGGCUGAUGUGAAUCUUUCUUCUGAACAUAUGAUUGCACUCGCCGAGAUUCUACCGGAAUGUCCGAGUUUGAGUCAUUUGAAUAUACUAGAGAACCCGGCGCUCAUCGCCCUUGCUUCCGCAAAGGAUCCAGAAACGCAGGAGGAAGCGUGCGCUGUUUAUGCAUCCCUGCUGGCUGCAGUGCGUGUCUCACGGACAAUCAUUGCAGUGGACAUUGAAGACCCGAGCGCUGAAAACAAUGAAGUUGUCAAAGCCCUGGCGUCUCAGAUUGUGGCUUAUUGUCUCCAUAACCUCGAGGGAGGCGCUCUCGAGGCAGAGCUCUCGGAGAACCUGGACCCGUCCCUGCCACGGACAGCCGUACCGAUUCCUGACAUUCUUCAGCAUAUCGUCGGCCAUGGUGCAGCUGAAGAAGGAGGUGAAGAAGAUGGCGAUCCUGCUCCUGACGAGGACUACGUCAUAGGUGGCACUGGCGUCGUCAAAGCUCUUGGGGUAUGUCUCGGUAACCUUGACCAGCAUAUCCCUGGGGACGCGUCCGGUCCUCCUAGUGGCACAACGACGCCUAGGCAUCGCAAAUCUAGGUCUUAUACGGCCAAACGACCACGUGAUAUGUCCAAGAAUCUUUUGGAAUCAGCUCGGAAUAUACGUACGAGAAUCGAGUCUGCUCUUGUGCGCGAGGAUCGUGCUGGCAACGAUGCCAAUUACAGACGUCUUCAAUUCCUUGAUUUCACAUUGCAGAAAAUGAUUCAGCGUUUUGAGGAUGAAUACCCUGAAACCCGAAUCAUCCAACCUCAACCUAUCAACCUCAACCAAGAAACUAGCUCGCAAAACUCCGGGGACGAUGACCAUCUUGCUAGCAGUUUCACCAAUGCCCAGUCAACAGGUAUUAACAACCACGAUAACGACAUCGCAGUCGAUGAUGAGGAGGGUGACCAUUAUGCUAUCCGACUGUCGCGGGCUAGUUCUAUUACCUCACUGCACUCACGCGCAAUGACCUCUGAAGAAGGCCAUGUCCAUCGCCUCGGUCAAAACAUUCGCCGUGACUUCUUGCACCCUCUGGAUCAAAAUCAAGGAGAUUCGAUGAACACGGUGGACGAGUCUUAUAUCGCAGCUCUGCGUGAGAGACUAGAUCGCCUGCACGAGGCACAAACGCGCUCCCACUUUGAAAGUGUAGGAGCAGACAAGGCUUUCCAUGAACUGGGCUCAACGGUUGAGGAACUGUGGGCGAUUCAAAAACAGGACUCGGAAGCCUUUGAACGGUUCAAGCAAAGUCAAAUCGCGGCACAGAUCAAUAGUGGCAGAAGGACGCCCUCGAUGUCGGACAGCAAGAUGACCAGAGCACACAAUUCUGGUUCUGAGCCGCCAUCGGCACCAUAAGCCGACAAUCCUCUUUGUCGACAUCUAUACUUGCAUUAACUCUCGAUGCUCAGUGCACUGUUAAUUCUCUAUACUAUACCCACUCGGUACAUGUCUUUCGCUUCGUUUGUGACAAUUAGCGUGUACGUAAUUGCCAUUUUGUGCUUACUCUUGUUGCUUCAUCUCUUGUACCUCUACCGUGUUGUCAUUGUACGCGUACAGUGUGUAUGUUGUAUGCCAUGGGAAUGAUGGCGCUUGCUUAAUCUUUGAUCAAAUGCAAAAGAUUGGGUACCGAAUAAAAUGUCCAGUCGUGCUGGUUUUCUGAUAAGUGACAUCAUUGUAGCGCGGAGUGGGCGACUUCGACCUUAGUCAUGCAUCCUCGGUUCCCCAGAAACCGCAAGUUGGGGAAG